AUGCCCUUAUUCUCAUGGUAUCGUAAGUCUAAUGCUAGGAAAGAAGCAGCAGCAGCAGCAGCAGCAGCUGAAAAUAACAGCAGCAGCAGCAGCAGCAAUAAUAAUAAUAAUGGAGGAGGAGGAGGAGGAGGAGGAGGGAGGAGACAAAGAAGAGAAGAAAGAGGACAAUCAUCUGCUGCAGCAAAAUCAUCAGCAAUACUUAGGCGUCGUCUUAAUAAUAAUAAUAAUGCAGACACUGCAGCAGCAGCAGCAGCAGCAGCAGCAGCAGCAGCAGCAAAUGCAGCAGCAGUUGUAGCAGCAAAUGCUCAUCAUCCAGGUAGCAGUUAUACUAAUAUGCAUACAGCAGAUCCGCAGCAGCAGCAGCAGCUACAGGAGUUAGCGCUGCAGCAGCAGCAGCAAACUUCCUUCCAUGGUACUUUUGCUGAUGGUAUGAGCUACAAGCAGCAGCAGCAACUGCAGCAGCAACUGCAGCAGCAACUGCAGCAACAGCAGAGGCAGCAGCAGCAAUACGAUGCACAAGUCUUAGCUGAAUUCGCCAAUAUACGCACAGACACGUCGCGAUGGACUGCUGAGCAGCAGCAGCAGCAGCAGCAGCAGCAGCAGGAGCAUUUAGUAGCUGCAGCAGCAGCAACAGCAGAAGCAGAAUACAGCUUUGAUCUUGCUGUUAGUAGCGGAUUGUCUCCUUGCUUCUCCUUAGAACAAGAACAGCAGCAGCAGCAGCAGCAGCAAGUUGCAGCAGGAUUGCAUGCAGCUGACAGCAGCAUAGCUGGAGAAUUUAGCAGCAGCAGCAGCAGCACACCAUGGCUGUCUCAUCCCUUCACAGAGGAGCAGCAGCUGAUUCUGCUGCACCAGCAGCAGCAACUGCAGCAACAGCACCAACUGCAGCAACAGCAGCAGCAGCUACAGCAGCAACUGCAGCAACAGCAGCAGCACAUCACCACCAAUCCUCUAGGAAGAAGUCUUACCUUAGGUGGUCUGUACACCCCACAGCAGCAUCAGCAGCAGCAGCAGCAGCAGCAACUGCUGCUACAAGGUAACCGUGUUGCUUCUUCUGUCUCCUCUCCAUGGGGUUUCCCUUCUGCUUCUGCUGCAGCAACAGCAGCAGGAGAGACACAGCAGCAGCAGCAGCAGCAGCUGCUGCAGCAGGACUUUGACUCGGUCAUCAAGGGUUACAACACCUCUUCCUUACCUCUACUGCACAACAACAACAGCAGCAGCAGCAACAGCAGCAGCAACAGCAGCAGCAGCAGCAGCAGCAAUGAGCUACCUGCUGUAGCUCGUAGUGUGGGGCUUUUUGACAGCAGCGGUGUCUGGGCAGCAGCAGCAGCAGACAUCUGCAUGCAAGGAGAGAAGCAUGCAUAUACUAGGCAGCGUAGCGACAGCAGCAGCAGCAGCAGCGGUACAGAUACAGCAGAUGUGCUGCUGCGUAUGCUUAGUAGACAAUCUAGUACAUCCAGCAAAGAUUCAUCAUCUGCUACUGCUGCUGCUGCAGCAGCAGCUGCUGCAGCAGCAACAGCAACAGCAGCAGCAGCAGCAGUUGUUGCAGGGGCAGGGGAAGAAAUAUCUGAAUCUGCUGCUCAGCUACCGCCAAUCCCUCCCCCUUCUUUAUCAUGGUAUUGCCACCCAAAUAGAGAGGAAGGAUUCAGCAGCAGCAGCAGCAGCAGCAGCAGUUUCUCGCUGCAGCAGCAGCAGCAGCAGCACCAGCUACAUGAACAGACAGAGGAGUUUCUGCUGGAUUCAGAGGCAGCAAGUGGUGAUAGUUUAUUCAGUUCUUCUUCUAGUUUCCAUCUACAUUUACAGAAGCAGCAGCAGCAGGUGCAGCAGCAGCAGCAACAGCAGCAGCAGCAGCAGCAGGAAGAAGAAGAUAGCUAUCUUCCUUUUGAUUCCUUAGGUGUCCUUGAGAGACUUGAUCUAAGCAGCAGGGAAGCAGCAACUCCUUCUCUCUCCUUCCCUGUUAGGCUGCCUCUGCUGCCUGCUGCAGCAGCAGCAGCAGCAGCAGGUGCAGCAGCAGGAGGUACAGGUGCAACAGGUACAGGUAUAGGUGCAACAGGUGCAGCAGCAGCAGCAGCAGCAGCAGGAAGAGGUGCAACAUUAGGUAUACAUUUAAAUUCUGUAUAUCUAAUUGCUGCUGAUGCUGAGCAGCAGCAGCAGCUGCUGCUGCGGCUGCUGGAGUCUCGUGCUGCAGCAAAGGUGCUGCUGCUGCACGGAUCUGCUGCUACUGGCUGUGCCUUACAGGAUCUGCUGCAGCAGCAGCAGCACAGCAGCUUACUAGAUCAGUACUCAGUAGUUGCAUGGGACAGCAGCGACAGCAGCAGCAGCAGCAGCACGAGCUGCAGCAGCAGCAGUUGCAGUAGUAGCAGCAGCAGCAAAGAAUCUUUAUGCUUUAGGAGCUUCUCUGCUGCUCCUGCUGCUCCUGCUGCUGCUGCUGCUGCACUUCAUGUAAGGCAGCAGCCAAGGAACGAGGAAGAAUCUAAGGAAAUACUUGAAUGUGCAGCAGCAGCAGCAGCAGCAGCAGGAGAUGUAUUUACGGUAUGGACAGAUCUAUUGAUUAAUAGCGGAGCAGCAGCAGCAGCAGAAGCAGCAGCAGCAGCAGGGCUUUGUCAUGAUCAGCAGCAGCAGCAGCAGCAGCGGCGGCUCUUUUCUGCUGCUGAGCUGUCCUUGUCUUCCUCUAGUCCUCCUCUUACUCAUAGACGACUAUACUCUACGGACUCUGCACCUCUUGCUGCUGCUGCUGCAGCAGCAGCAGCAGCAGCACCAGCAGCAACAGGAUGCAUGCAAUUGCUGCUGCAGGAGCUGCAAGCAGCAACUUGCCAGACACUUGGGGAACCUGCUGCUGCUGGUGUCUGUGUGCUCAUAGACGCCAGACCUGCAGCAGCAACAGCAGCAGCAGCAGCAGCAGCAGCAGCAGCAAAUCCGUUGCCCUCCUGGUCGUUGCAUGCAGAUGUAGAUCAUCAUGGUGUAUUCUCUGUUGACAUGCUAUGCAGCAGCAGCAGCAACAGCAGCAUUGGAAGCAAACAGCAGCAGCAGCAGCAGGUGCUGCAGCAGGAGGAGCAGCAGCUAGGACUAGAGGCAGCAAUAGUUAAGAGAGGAGCAGUAAGGAGAUGGCAGCAAGUCUUAUCUGCUGCUGCUGUGCUGCUGCCCUCUUAUGACUAUAAGCAGCAGCAGCAGCAGCAGCAGCAACAUUCUUGGCUGACAUGGGGAGGGGUGCAUGCAAGACAGGUACGACCUCCAGCAGCAGCAGCAGCAGCAGCAGCAGCAGCAGCACAAUCUGCUGUUUAUAGGAGAAUAAUUGCUGCAGCAGAUAAAGAUAUCUUCUUUGCCUACGAGCUGCUGCAGCAAGCACAAGCAGCAGCAGCAGCAGGCAACAGCAGCAGCAACAGCAGCAGCAACAGCAGCAGCAGCAGCAAAGGUCUCAUUACAUGCCUCCAUACAGUCCGUUUCCCCCUCUGUGACGACCCAGAUGCAGCAGCAGAGGCAGCAGCAGCAGCAGCAGCAGCAGCAGCAGCAGGAGAAGAAGACGAAGAUCCAGAAGCAGCAGCAGCAGCAGGUGUGGUGUAUCUACAGCCACCAGCAGCAGCAGAAGCAGAAGAUGCUCUAUGGGUAGCGAAGAAGACGAAGCAGAAGCAGCAGCAGCAGCAGCAGCAGCAACUGCAGCAGCAGCAGCAACUGCAGCAAAUGCAGCAACUGCAGCACCAGCUUGUCUUCAUAAGCUACACAAUUGCUGCCGCGAGCUGCUGCUGUCUGAGGGCAGCUGCUGCUGCCCUUGUGCUGCACUCUGGCCUCCAAGUAGCUGUACUGGGCAUGCAGAACAGCAGCAGCAGCAGCAGCAGCAGCAACAGCAACAGCCGCAGCAGCAGCAGCAGCAGGAAGCUAUGGUACCAUCAGACUCUUUGCGUCAAUUAA